UCUGAAUUAAAAAACGGGACUUUGUAAGUCCUAGGUCCUAUGUGACAUUUAAUGUGCAACAUGUGGGUCAGUGGGGGAAGAUGGCAGUCCUUAGCGGAGCCACAAACUCGAUACACCACAUUCUGUUGAUGAGAAUCCAUGGGAGUUGGAUUAAACCGGUCUGUAUCCCGGAAAUUGUUUAGGAUUUGAGGUAAAUGCUGCCGGGAGAUGCUGUCGCCGCAAGAUAAAACAAGCGGAGAACCAGAAAAAUAAAAUCACAGAAUCAAGGCCUAUCGUGACAGUUAGCUGGUGAUAGAAUGGAUGAAGACUGCAAUGGCCAUCUCUACAUGUCAGGCAGUGGAGACUCUUCGAGGGAGUUUUCAGGGGCCGUGGGAGGCCGCACAGUGAGCACCCCCAACAGCCAGCACACUUCCCCCAGCCGUUCUCUUAGUGCUAACUCCAUCAAAGUGGAACUGUACAGUGACGAGGAGGUGGGCCGUGGCACAGGACCAGAGGAUGAGAAAGGGGACAAAGUGGAGGAGGGGGAUUCUGAGCAGGGAGGAGAGGCAGGAGGCGGCUACAGGGAGCUGGCCAGUCCGGAGCCCAUGUCACCAGGAGGUGCCACCCGGCUGCCCAAUGGGAAACUCAAGUGUGACGUCUGUGGGAUGAUCUGCAUUGGGCCCAAUGUCCUCAUGGUGCACAAACGCAGCCACACAGGUGAGCGGCCUUUCCAGUGCAAUCAGUGUGGGGCCUCCUUUACACAGAAGGGGAACCUGCUGCGUCACAUUAAGCUGCACUCAGGGGAGAAGCCCUUUAAAUGUCCCUUCUGCAGCUAUGCAUGCCGCAGACGGGAUGCUCUCACCGGCCACGUCCGCACUCACUCGGUGUCGUCUCCCACAGUGGGAAAGCCCUAUAAGUGUAGUUACUGUGGACGCAGCUACAAGCAGCAGAGCACCCUGGAAGAGCACCGCGAAUGCUGCCACAGCUACCUGCAGAGCCUGGAGACACAGAAGCCAGCCAGUGCUCACACUCAAGUAGAGGAGCUGAGGGACCUGGAGUUCAUGCCUGACAACCUGCUGCAACCUUCCUCAGACAAGAUUACGUUCAUCGAUCGGCUUGCCAACAGCAUCACCAAACGCAAGAGAUUCACACCACAGAAAUUUGUAGGACAGAAGCACAUGCGCCACAGUCUAGCUGACACGCCUUUCGAGCUCAGCGCCGCCUUUGACAAGGACGAGGAGAAACACCACAGUCUGGACCAGCCACACUACACCGUCCUGGGAGGAGGCUACCUGGGGGUGGCAGGAGCUGGUGGAUCUGAAGGCAUCCGACCCCUAUGGCUGCCACCCCCUCACCCCUCCUGCCUGUCAGAGCUCCGGCCAGUCAUCAGCUCAGCUCACACCCCCAUGGCGCCGCUGGGGCCGAGGCUGGACUGCAUGGGGGCCGGGGCUGGCCUAGGGUCCACAGGAGUGGGGGGCAGGGAGGCUGCAGAGGGUCACGAGGACCUACCUCUUGGCCGCAGCCACGCCCCUUCGCCUAGCAACGUUUGCCACGACUCCACAGACACUGAGAGCAUGCCGGAUGAAGUGUUAAGCAAUGUGGCGCCUGCCCUGCCUCUCCACAACAGCAAUCACCACCUCCACUCCAACCACCCCACCCCUCCGCCCCUACUGCACCACAGGGGUAGGGACAGACACAGCCCAAGCCACGCCAAGGAGAGGGAAGAGGAUGGCAACUCUGCCACCCCCCCGGCCCCAGGCUCCCCCACCUCCAGGGAGGCGUUUCGAGUGGUGGACGGAGAGGGGCACGUGUUGCGUUCCUUCCGCUGCGAGCACUGCCGCGUGUUCUUCCUGGACCACGUCAUGUUCACCAUCCACAUGGGCUGCCACGGCUUCCGCCAGCCCUUUGAGUGCAACAUCUGUGGCCAUCGCAGCCAGGACCGCUACGAGUUCUCCUCGCACAUUGUCCGCGGGGAGCACCUGCUAGGCUGAGGGAUGGCUGGGCAGGCCUCUGUACUUAGGUUUUGUUUGUUUUUUUACUCUGAGAGAAGGGCCUGCUUGGGUUUGGUCUGCAUCACAAUAGGGGGUAGGGGUAGUACGAAACUGCUUUUAGUAAAUUAUUUGUGCAAAGGCGUUGAUACUGUUACCACAUAAACCUUGACUUCAAAUAGGCACAUUAGGUCAAUUGCACCACUUUUAAAAAAGGAAAGAGAAUCCUCACCACUCUGAAUGCACUUUUCAAAAUGCAUGAAUUCUUAAUGAGAAAAUGCACUUUCAAAUAGAUUUUAUUCUGAAGUAAAGGGAGUGAAUGCACUUUUUUUUUAUCCUCAAAGUGCCUUUCUCUGCUGUGGUCUACCUUUCCUCUCUUAUCCUGGUAAAAACUGGGUGCACAAAACAGCGAUGCUGCCAUCUAGACAAUGUGAUUUAUAUGUGACAUUUUGAGUUGUUUCGUCGACUGCACUGUAAUCAAUAUUUUAACCAAGAUAAAAACAAGAACAGUCAGGCUUCCUUGGAAUUUGUCAAAGCUUUAUUUGAAAAGCACUUAACGGAUCUAUUCCAUUCCGUAACACACCUAGUCCCUGGGGGUGUGGCAGACAGUGUUGUUUAAGAUUGUGUGUAGAUGGUAUAUAUUACAGUUGGUCAUUUAUUUUAAUAAGUUGCGGUGCAGACUGGACCCAGGAUCCCAAGUUAAAUGUUCAGAAGAGAUUUGAGGGGUUGGCCUCAAUGAGAAGUGCACUUUUGAAUUUCAGUUUGUGUAUAUGUGUAUAUGUGUGUAUGUUUGUUAAGUUAAAUGAGAGUUUUAGGCUUUUAGCAGUGUGAAUGUCAUGGAAUGGGGUGCAGUAUGUUUGUUUUGUUUCCUUUAAUUGCUUUUGUUGCACUGAAAUACCUGCCGAGAUAAUUUAUAUUUAAAGAAGAUUACAUUUAUGGCCUGCACCUUUCUCUGUGCAGCAUGUUGAAAGAAAUAAAACGUUUUUAAAACUCAUUCCACAAAAGAAGAGAGCCACUGCCACUAUUUUGGAGUUGACGUCAACAAAGGGCUGGGAUAAGAUUUUUGGCCAUUUUAGGUCCUUGAUAUCCCACUGCUUUGUGUACUACAAAACAAACCUAAACAUGAUUAUUAUUUACAAGUGAGACUUAAAACAAUUGUAUAUUCAUUGUACUGUGCCUUUCAUGACGUUGACCUGGGGGACAUGUAUUAACAGCCUUGUCUUGCCAACAUAUAUCUUUAUGGAUGAGAAGAUGUAGUUAUUUUGAUGAUGCUAUGUAGCCUGCCCAUGCUGAAUUCUAGAUUGCCCUUCACCAGUCACUUUGAUUUGCACAGUCACUCAUUUCUUAAGUAGCCUAAUCAUGUUGAUGUAAAUUGUAUUACAUCGUCCAAAAAGGAAAUAAACAUGUUUUUAAAAAGCACUCGGGCAUAUAAAAGGUUUUAAAAUAUUCAGUUGAUAAGUACAUGUCCAGAAGAUUGUCACCUGCUGCUAAGACAUAAAUGAGUAGUGUGUGUGGUUGUCCACAGUCCUCUGUGGUUGAGAUUGAGUACGUGGUUCUUCCGAAGUGACGUUGAAAUGCUUAUUCUUGUUCAAUGAUUUUCCUUUUUUCUCAUUGGACUUGUUUUUAUAGAGCACUGAUGUUGGUAAACAUUUUCCUUAGAAUCAUGACUCAUAGAUCCCUUUGGACUACCAAGAUCUAUAGUUUGUAUUUUAUUUUCCACAACAAUGCUUUGCUCAAAGGAACUUGAUGAAUACGCACUUGUGAAUUUAAAAAAGCACUUACAUUGAGAGAUUAGGAAACUGAGGGUAAGGGGUCAGUUAGGUCCUGAUUGGUUUUGGCAGUUGCCUUACUUGUUUACCUAAUCUCUUUGUCUUCACAGUGAAUGAAUUUAGAAGCCCGUGGGGUUUAUAGCUCUUGAUUAGGGCCCCAGAGUUUUCUAUGGCCAAGCAAAACUACUGUCCCUACUUAUGACACAGAUGAAGUAUGACAGACUGGAAAAUCUGCCAUGGGAUUUCUUUAUAAAAUAAAUUAAACUUUACCUCAUAAUUGCCUCUGGGGGGGAUAAAGGUUUGGUGAAUGUUUAUUUCUUUUGGUGGUUAAUUUGACCUUUUAUGUUUUGACAGCAACAGCUCUGUAUCUUCACUAUUUUAUACUUUAUUACAUGUUACCAAAAAAGAAGGAAUGUGGCUUUGAAGUGGAGUACAAGAAAAUAUCAGAAAAGAUCUUAAACUAUUUAAUUACAGGGCGUCGUUGCAUUAAUGUUAAUCUGUACUGCUGUUCUAAAUGUAAUGCCUUAUGAACGGAUAUGUAAUUACUCUUCAAAUUAGAUAAUAUUUAGAAUGUAAAUAAAAAAUGGUUUGAUUAUUGAA